AUGGGCUCCGAUCCCCAGUACGCAAAAUGGCCCCUGCUGCCACUCGCACAGCACGUCUUUACUCUUACAAACUCGUAUGCAGGCGGGGCAGCUCAGCAGGCGGCAGCCAAGAGCCUGCAGGAUGCCAUCAACGAGCACAAAAUGGCCCCGCUGUACAGGUACCUGGCGCACCCGAUCGAAGGCAUCCUCAAUGUCGUCGGCGAGGGUGGCUCAAGCGCUCCAGGGAAGCCCCUCAGCAGGAAAUCUAGCGCCGUGGGCAUGAUCUCUACCAACAGGCCCAUAACCAGCGUAAAUCUGACCUGGGACGAGGGUCUCUACCAGAAGCUCAAGGCGGACAAUGAUGCCGAGCUAGACGAAUUUCAAAAGGAGGAGGACGAAGCUGUUGAGAAGGCCGGUGAGACAGAAAUCCAGGCAGCAAGGGGAAAGAGGGCUGAUUUCUGGGCGAGGGUUGGCGACAAGGAGAAAGCAAUUGCUGCCUACGAACUCGUCUUUGAGAACACCGGAAUACUGGGAACCAAGAUCGACUUGGUACUAGCAAUAGUCCGCAUGGGUCUUUUCUACGGCGACAAGCAGCUGGUGAAAAAGCAGGUUGAGCGGGCCAAGACACUGGUCGAUGCUGGCGGUGACUGGGAUCGCCGUAACCGCCUCAAGGCUUAUGAGGGCAUUCACCUUCUUACCGUCCGCUCCUACAGCCCUGCCGCCCCUCUUCUACUCGACAGUCUGUCGACCUUUACGUCAUAUGAGCUUUGCACCUACACCAACCUGGUUGUAUACUCUGUUCUUGCCGGGUCUGUCAGUCUCAAGCGUGUCGAGUUCAAGUCCAAGGUCGUCGACGCUCCCGAGAUCAAGGCCAUUCUUGGCGAUGGCGAGGAGAAGCUGCUCGCAUUGACAGGGGCGAUCUCGGCCGGUCCCGGGGCCGAUGAUGAGAUGUCCGACGGCUCGCCCGGUGGAGCUGCCGCCCCGAGCAAAGCAUCGGGCGCUACUGCUGUCGUCAACCUGACUACCCUCGGUACGGGUACUGACCAACCCGAUGCCGAGCUUGCCGUCGACUUCUCGCCGCUGGCCCAGCUUGUCAGCAGCCUGUACACAGGCAACUACAAGCAAUUCUUCCAAGCAUUGGCUCUCGUGGAGGAACAGUUCUUGACCCAGGACCGUUAUCUGCAUGAGCACAAGAACUGGUUUAUCCGCGAGAUGCGCCUUCGUGCUUACCAGCAACUCCUGCAGAGCUACCGUGUUGUCGGUCUCGACAGCAUGGCUAACGACUUUGGUGUCACAAUUGAGUUCCUUGAUCGCGAUCUGGCCAAGUUCAUCGCCGCCGGUCGCAUCUCAUGUACCAUCGAUCGCGUCACAGGCAAGGGCAUCAUCGAGACAAACCGCCCCGACGACAAGAACAAGCAAUAUCAGGAUGUAGUGAAGCAGGGUGAUCAGCUGAUCACCAAACUGCAAAAGUACGGCCAGGCAGUAAGGCUGCGAGGAAGCGAGAGAGCGUAA